GUUAAAACAGCAAAUGGUGCAUUUGUGGGUGUAUUUGCUAUCUCCACCCAACUGGCACAUGCAUCAGAGAGAAUCAAGUGCACCCAUCUCUCUCACACUCAAGCCUUCAGAAGCCUAUAAGGUAACUUAGCACAGCUGUGCUCAGAGUGAUCUCUACAGACAAAGAACCUCGGCUUCAAGCUUCCACAAAGACACCACUGGUAGGAAUUGGACAUUAUGCACAGUUUAAAUCAUUUCAUCUGCAUUCAGAAGACCAAAUUAGCCUUGGUGGUGAAAUUGGUUUUAUGUGUUUAGAAUGUAGUUUGUUUAUUUGUUCAUUCACUGUUAACUUAAAAAUAGAUUGGUAAUAUUUGGUAAACUGCUUAAUUAGCUCAUUGUGAUUUGUAAUUUAUUUUGGUUAAUUUGUUUGUAGGUUUUCAACCCGCUUGGUGACCUCUCUGUCUACUCUGACCACUCAAACAAAACCAUGGUGGUCUUGUAUUGUAAACUGAAGUAAUUUAAAGACAAAAGAAAAGAGAAAUAAAAAGAUGUCGCUGAGAUGAGUUGUUUCUGCGUCUCUUUGGAGGAAGAAAGCUUUUUCAAGUUUGGGCAAAAGCCGAGGUGGUUUGAAGAGGCCAAAAAACUUGACAGUUGAAAACCAGUUGGAAAUCAACUGAAGAUCAGAUGACAGUGAAGUCCUGAGAAAAGAGCUUCAACGAAUCAACUCAAGGAGGAACAUCAGGUCAUCUCAUCUAUACAAUCCACAAUGGCUGAAGAAAUGUUUGGAAAGUCAGUGAAACAAUUGAAGCUGGAUCGCACCAUGGCAAAGUCUUCCUUCACCAAGCAAGCAAACUUCCUGAGCAGAAAAGCUUCCAACAUGACAGAGAUGGAACUGCGAGAGGAGUUUAAAAAGCUAACUUCUGAUGCCAGACAUGUUCAGAAGGGGACUGCAUGCUGCCCUGGGAGACAUUAAAAAGAUGUAUAACUCUGUGUGGCUAGAGGACCUGGAGAGACAUCUACACAGGUUCCUCUGGAGAGACGGCUCAGAAGAGGAGAUCGGUGAGUUUGCCAUUACCAGAGUUAACAUUGGGGAUCGACCUGCUGGAUGUAUUGCCCAAGUAGCAAUGCGAGAGACGGCAAAACUGCCCAUGUUUGACAGCUGUAAAGAGGAGCGGAGGAUCCUGGAAGAAGACUGUUAUGUCGAUGACAUUUUAACAUCUGACAAUGACCCAGAACUUUUGCAUAAACACAUUAAGAAGGUGGAAGAGAUCUUACAAGCUGGGGGAUUCUGUUUGAAACCAUGGGUCCUAUCAGGUCAAAGUGGGAGGCAAAAAAUGUCCUUACCUAGCAGAGACAAAAUCCUUACACUCCCUAAUCAGUUGAAAGAGGAUGAUAAUAAGGCUUUGGGAGUGGGAUAUCUGGUGGAGGAGGAUAAAUUAUAUGUGAUGACAUCAAUUAACUUCUCAAAAAGGAGGAAAAAAAUGAAGAUGGGACAAAACCUAGAAGAAGGAGAAGUGAGAGUAAAUACUCCAAAUCCUCUCACUAGGAGAGAACUCCUUAGCCAAGUAGCUAGUCUUUUUGAUCCCAUUGGGCUAGUCACACCCACCAAACAAAAAGGAGCCAUUCUAGUGAGAAAGGCUUUUCAAGAAACCAGAACUGCAGGCAAAGCAGGUGAUACUUGGGAUCAACCACUUUCUGAUGGGCUAAGAAAUGAAGCCAUUGAAUUGUUCCAGGAGUAUGUUCGCCUGGGCCAAAUUAAAUUUCACAGGAGUUUAACACCAAUCAGUUGGAUUGGAAAGCCCAUUGGAAUAACUUUCUCUGAUGGGGGUGACAAAAGUUAUGGCGCAGUUCUAUACUUUAGAUGGGAGACAGAGCAAGGGAUCCAAGUGAGACUUGUAGAAUCCAAAGCAAAACUUACUCCACUUGACCAGAAAGGAGAACCUGUAAAAGCAGAAAUUUGUGGUGCUGUGUUUGCAGCUCGUCUGAGGAAGUAUGUUGGAAAGCACAGUAGGAUGGAAAUUGGAGGCUGGUACCAUCUUCUAGACAGCCAAACUGUGCUAGGAGCCAUUCAGCGUGACAGCUAUGGGUACCAAACUUUCUUUGCUAACAGAGUUGAUGAAAUACAGAAAACUGGGCCUGUCGCAGAUUGGUGGUGGAUUCCAGGUGAGCUCAAUGUUGCAGACAUUACAUCAAGAGGAGCAUGUCCUGAGCACCUCCAAGAGGACUCACAGUGGCAAAAUGGACCAAAAUUUUUGUUGCAACCUAUUGACCAAUGGCCGAAAAGAUCUGCCAAAGACAUUGUUAUAAGUGCAAAAGAAGGUGUUGAAAAACUCCAAAGAAAAGCUUUCUCAGCAGUAACAACUAGAGCACAGUCUAAGCAAACUAAAGAAAAAUUGUGUGAUGAGGAGGUGACAAAGAAUGCUCUAAAAGCUACAGAGUGUAAAGAAAAGGAUAGUGACCUCAAAAUCUCACCUCUUACAUUCAUUGCCAAGCAGUUAAUUCAAGAGAGAAGAUACAGCAGUCUUUCUAAACUAGUCAGAGUUAUUGCAUGGGUGAGAAGAGCUGUUGAAAACUGGAAACUCACUUUAGAAAGCCACCAUAGUGGCAGAAAAGUGAAAGUAAAAAUUUCAACAGACAUCAAACAAUCAACCAUCCAUCCCGGGCUUAGUGUUAAAGAGUGUGAGAAUGCACUGAGAGAGGUUUUUCUGGCUGCACAAGAGAAUACCUCAUUCCAUGACACAACUUUAAACAGACUAGUUGUGUUUAAAGAACAAGAUUCUGGACUUCAGGUAUGUGGGGGUCGUAUUCAAUCCUUUAAUGAAGACAGAAGAGCUGUUCCCAUUUUACCAUAUGACUCAUGGGUAUCCACAUUGGUUGCUCUUGAAGCUCAUGAAGUAAAUCAUGAAGGUAUUGCUGGAACAUUACUGCAGAUGAGGAAAAAAGCAUGGGUGGUGAGAGGCAGAAGAUUGGCUAAAAAAGUUGUGGAUAACUGUGUGACGUGCCGGAAAAUCAGGGCAAAAAGAUGUGAACAGAUAAUGGGUGAUCUUCCACCAGAACGAACACUGCCUGCCAGACCAUUUGAGUUUACUACUAUUGAUCUAUUUGGACCUUAUGAAGUGAGGGAUGAGGCCCGGAAAAGAGUUAAGCUGAAAGUGUGGGGCAUCAUCUUCUGUUGCAUGUCAUCUAGAGCUAUUCACACAGAUCUUGUAAGCGAUCAGUCAAGUGAAGGCUUUUUGUUAGCAUACCAAAGAUUUACAGCCUUAAGAGGACAUCCAAGGAAGUUAUGGUCAGAUGGCGGAAAAAACUUUAUUGGAGCUAAACCUGUCCUGGCUGAUCUUUAUCUGUUUUUGGACCAAUUAAACAAAGAGCAAAUUCAACAUAAAGCUUUGGAACAUGGAACUGAAUGGAGCUGGAAAAUACACCCUGCAGACUCCCCCCAUAGGAAUGGGGCAGCAGAAGCAGCUGUAAAGAUAGUCAAGCAAGCAUUGCACAAUCUAGGAUCAGAUGGAGUUUUCACAUGGAGUGAAUUUCAAACAUUCCUGUAUAUGGCAGCUAAUCUGGCUAAUGAAAGACCAAUAGAUGCAAGAACUCAGUCGAGAAGACUGCAUAAGCUACAUCACACCAAACUCUCUGCUGCUUGGAAGAACUGA